AUGGCUCUUGUGAACGGGACAAGUGCAGAAAUCUGCUUCCAAUUGGAACGUUUAUUCCUUCGUUUGGCCACAAUCGAGAAUGACCAAAAACUGGAGGCAUUCGUUCGGAAAUAUCUUCUGGAAAUCAUCGAGUGUACGUCCACUGGUGAGAGCGCUGUACGUGAUAAGGGGGUGGAAAUGUUGACACAUUUAAAUCGACGGAUCAAAAGUAAUUUGUCAGUUAUGUUGCCUCUGGAGGAUAUUGUGCAGCUCAUUGUCCUAACUUCACGCGCCUGGAUAGCAAUGGCACACAUCAACCAGGAAAAGUGGCCAUCACUGGAAUCGCUCAAAAAUCCAUCGUUAAAACCGGAAAUAUUACGAUUCUUCUCCGAUGUGUUAUUCUUCUCAGAUACAUCGUAA